GCUCCGGGGGACCCCUCUGCGGAUCAAAGGCGGUGGGCCUGACUAGGAUUUGUUGACAUGUCGACGAAUGCGAGACUGACGCGAUUCAAAAUGGAGCACGGCGCCCUGGCUCAGGAGCUCGAGCCAGGCGGUGAGAAUUCUUAUUUCAACGUCGACGGGGUGGAGCGAGGAGUGAGCAGAUGUGCGAGUUGGGACAUCUUUCUCCUCCUUCAACACCACCUCCUUUAGUUUUGCCCGUCAUUGUGGUGCGCCUCCGCAAAGAUGGAACUCGACACACUCUUCAGCAUCGCGGCCUUCUUCGCGGGCCUGUCGCUGCUCGAGCGCGGCGCCAAGCUCUUCGUGGGGAGCACCACCACCCUGGCCAAGCGCCUGCGCUUGCCCGAGGUCCUCGUGGCCAUCCUCAUCGCCGGUGCCGAGUGGGAAGAACUGGCCGUUGUUACCCUCAGUAUCGCACAGCAGCGUCCCGCCCUGGCCGUGGGAAAUGUCAUUGGCAGCUCGGUGGCCAACCUCCUGGGCGCCUUCGCCCUGGGCCUCGUCUUCUCUGCCGGCGCCUGGGACGGCUUCGACAGGACCGCGAAGCUGGCCACCCGCGGGCUUCUGGGCUUCACGACGUUCGUGUGGCUCUUUGCUCUGGCACACCUCAUGUGGAACCGUAUCGUAGCGACUCUGCUCCUCAUCUGCUUCGCGGCAUAUCUGGCCGUCGUCCUGUGGACCAUCUGGCAGGCAAUGUUCUUCACCGAGGAACACGACAGAGACGACGUCGAGGCUGCCCACGAUGAUGCUGCCUCAUCGAGCUCGUCCUCAUCCUCCUCUUCUUCCGAAAGCGGCCACAAUCACGGCCACUUCUUUGACCGUCACCGUCACUUUGUGGACCGCCACUUUCUGCACCGCCGCCCCCAAGAUGGGCCGGAUGAGACCACCACCCUGCUCGGCAUCCCGGCGCCCGAGUAUAGCCCCAAGCAGUUCCACCACACUCUCACUCCAUUCCUCCAGGUCCUGGCCGGUUUCGCCGCCCUCACAGUGAGCGGCUUCAUCCUGUCCCGCACCUCGAUCCAGCUCGCCUCGGCCCUGAACAUGUCCGAUAGCGCGUUCGGCGCCACCUUCCUGUCACUCGCCACGACGCUUCCGGAGAAGUUCCUGGCGGUCAUGAGCAGCUCCAAGGGCAAGUCAGGCCUCAUGGUUGCAGACGCUGUCGGUAGCAACAUGUUCCUGCUUACGCUGUGCCUCGGCAUUGCGUCGUGGAGCAUCGCCAGCCACCACUGGCACCAGCACGACGCCGACGAGGACGAAGGUUUCGAGUUUGUGGACAUUGCCCGCAUCGAGGCUUGGUGGCUCUGGAUGGCCACCAUCACCCUGGCUGUUAUCGUCAACUUCGGCGGCAAGCUGUUCUGCAAGUUCGCCGCUGUCAGACACGUGGUUGGUAUCCUGAUGCUGAUGGGCUAUGGUGGUUUCCUAGCCAUCGAGUUCACUAUCCUGCGGGAGGAGUAAGGCCAAGGGUCAAGUUUUGGGCUAACCCAUCGGCUUGGAAAAAGCCAGGAUGGCACCGUGUGGUGUACGAAUCAGGUAUCACUGCCCCAGUCGAGCGUAUUGGUGGCUCGUGAGGAAACAACUCUUGUCUUGCCAGCCGAGUUACAAGACAUCCGGCGUAGUAUAUAGUUCCGGCGGCCGCAUGGAAGCUUCCAACGCUCCUGCAGGGCUGUCGAUAUGUUGGCAUCGCUAUCUGCUACUUCUGAAUGGUUCAUAU